AUGUCCCUAAACCUUCCACAACUUUACUCCACAAAUCAAUCAUCAGGAGAAGGAUCGAAUAUGUCCAUGUCUGUAUUGAUCGUGCUAUUUCUCACCAGCUUGAGCUCUACCAUUGAAGUCAUUCUGGAAUGUUCCAUCGGAUUCAUUUUGGCCAAAUUCAAACCAGUGAAAAUUUUGAAUAGUGACAGAAUUCGAUUCCUUUCCAAGUUGUGGUUCAAUCUCUUUAUUCCUUGCAUGUUUUUCAUUAAUUUAACCACAAGCUUUUCCUUGCAAGUAUUCCAAAAGAUUUAUAUGGUCUUUCUUUACAGUGUCAUUCUGGAAGUGUUGGGAAUUGUGUUGGGAAAGUUGUUGUUUUUGAAAUGGUUUUGGAAGGAUCGAUUGGAUGAUAUUUCUAGAACUGUUUUGACUUUGACAUUGGUUUGUCAUACUUCUGUGUCCUUACCAUUGGUGUACAUUGUUGCAUUGUGUAAUGUUUCAACUUUAUCUUCAAAUCCAGUUUACAAAAUGACAUUUGAUGAAGCUCACAAAAGUGCAUUGACCACACUUUCGGUUUUUAUCAUUCCUACAGAGUUUGUGUUUUGUACGAUUGGAUUUAAUGCAUUUAGAUAUGGAGCUGCUCGAUUGAAAAGAGAAUUAUUGGUAAAUCAGUCAAUUAUGGAGGAGAAUAGAGAAGAUUCGAAUGAAAUUUCACUUUCUAAUGAGUUGGAACAUGAAAUAUUUGAAGAAAUACCUGAAAUCAAAGAACAUAUAGAGGAAUCUGAAACUAUUUCUCAGCUAAAUUUGGCCAUUGAAAUGCAACCUGAAAAUCACCAAAUUCAACGCAACCAAACCAUCAUUGAACGAUUGAAACUUUUUUUCAAAACAAUUGGGAAAAUUUCAAAGAAUUAUUGUCGAACUUAUUAUCUCCUCCCUUGA